AAUGUCAGUUGCCAGAAGCAGAAGCACUGCAAGUCAUUUCCCGCUGACUCUCUCACAGAUAGCCCCAUGGAGUUUGUGGGACAGCCGAGACUUUCCGGGACCUGUAACCUCCUAGGAGUGCCAGGCCCCAGCUCCUUGGACGAAGACAGUGAUGAGGGUGAAGAUGUUAUUUGCAUCAGGCCCAAAUCCUCUCCCCUCCCACGGAGAAGGAGCUCUUCCACUGACGAGGAAUGGGAGCCCGAGCCGCCCCUCAGCGGCUCCAGGAGAGUGUCCUUUGCAGACUCCAAGGGCCUCAGUUUGGUGCAAGUGAAGGAGUUUGACACAUGGGAUGUGCCGAAGCUGCCAGGGUACGGCUCCCCUGAGUGUGAAGGUACAGAGGCAGAGGAGUACUUCCUGUCUCCUCACACGUUCUCCCUUCCGUUGUCCACUGAGGAGCUGUUCGUCAAAGUGCGGGACCAGAGGUUGGAGCUGGAGACAAUCGAGUUACUUCACAAUAAGACGACAAUACUGAAAGGCGUGAUCCGUGUCCUCAACAUCUCCUUCAGUAAGACAGUGUAUGUCCGAACUACGUUGGACGCCUGGUCCAGCUACUUUGACCUCCUGGCAGAGUUCGUCCCCUGUUCCAAUGACAGUCUGAUGGAUUGCUUCUCAUUCAAGCUCACCUUGGUGCCCCCGUUCGGGGAGCAGGGAGCCAGAGUGGAGUUUUGUCUGCGGUACGAGACUCCUGUGGGGACAUUCUGGGCCAACAACAACAACAGGAAUUAUGUGCUGUUCUGUCACCAGAGGGUGAAAGACAAACCACAGAGGGACAACGUGAACAAGAAAAGCUGCCUUAAGACAGUCAGUCAGAACUUCUUUGCGGAAAACAUCUCAACCACGGAUGCUUCUCCUGAGGAGAGUACUUCAGCUAUUUCAGUUGUGUCAAAAUAUGCAGAGGAAGCGACCACGAUGAAAGCCAAGCAAAUCUCUGAUGGUGAAGAUGGACAAAAAACAAAGAACGAGAAUAGACGAAUCAGCAGCCGAAGAAGUGGCAGGAAGGCCGCGCGGAUCGCUCGGGCCCAAAGAGAGAAGGGAGGGAGCGACACUGAAAGGGAGGAAACCCCUCCAGAAGCAAAACAGGCAGCAUGUGAAGAAAAGCAGGUGGAAAAGCAUUCAGAUGUGCCGUCACUGUCCGAGGGAGGCAACAGAUCAGAACUUUCUCAGGUUGUUUCAGAGGCCCUGGAAACAUGCAGCAAAUCCCUUCUUGAUGUUCUACAUGAUACGUCACUGGGGGAUGACAGCAGAUCUAACAGCGAGCCAGAGAAACCUGAGAGCAGACAUUUGACUGACUCUGCAACAUUAACAGGUGGUGGGAGUGCCACGGAUACGUCAGAUAAACCAUUGCAUUCACAUGACGAGUCUGCUCCUGCAAAGUCAGUCUGCAGAGCUGAGGGUGAAACUCAGGAGCAACACACAAGCUAUGAAUCCGCUAACAACUCUGUGGUCAACAGUGUAACUUCAGUAGUGACCAGUGACAGCCUUGUUAGCCAAAACACCAACUUCACAUUUGGAACUGUGGUGGCUCCACUGUAUCAGCAGAUGUUUGGGAGAGCGGGAUGUGAGAGUGAAAACUUAGGUGAGUGGGGAAAUCCUAUUCAAGCAACACUGAGUAUUGGAGAAUCAACUCAUAGUUAUCCUCACUCUGAAGGGAAAGAGAGCUGCGGCACUCUUCUAACAGAUCUUAGAAAUAACGCUGACACAUCUCAGGGAAAUGUGAUUAACACUCAGGAAUCACACCAAGAGAACUUAGAUGCCACUUCAAAUAAUCCUCCCAAUGAGGAAGAGCAGACAGGUUUGUAUGAGACGGCAGGUGACAUUCAGGACAGUAUAGAAAAUCUACUGCAUCCAGGUGAGGUCGUACAGGGCUGCACAAAUGCAUCUGAUUUUCCUAAAACUCUGUCUGGAGCAGAAGUAAAUAUUUUACAUACAGAUUUGUUAAGUACACAAGUACCCACUGAGAGUUUACAUCAGCAGGGAGAUGCACAGGAAGACAGUCUGUCAUGUGACUUUCAAAACCAAAAAACUAAAGAAGAAGCAGCACAGGCUCAGCCUUCAGAGAAUACAAGUUCAAAAACUAUAUCUAAAAGAGAUACAACUGAAGCGGAUGACGUCACUGCCAGUGUAGAAAAUUUGCUUCUGCCACUUCAGCCUGAUGGUGAUGAGACAGUCCAACAAACCAGCAAGGGUGGAGAAGAUGACAUAGAAGAUUGUAAACACACACCAGUAUCAACAACCAAGGCAUCUCCAGAGGUGGAUAACCUUGUAGAACCUGAUGAAGAUUUGACACCCAACACAGUCCAUCAUUCAGCUGCAAGACAAACUGAGAAUAUCUACAUGUCUAAUGGUGAAGAUGCUGAGGGAAACUAUUCCUCAACACCCGGGACCUCUCAGGAAACUCAGACAGAAACUCAGAGAGAAACUCAGACAGAAACUAGAAAUGGGGAGGAACAAAACAAGUUGACUAACAAUCGGUAUGAGGAUGAAAAAGAACAUUCAGGUGAAGCUGAGGUCAACGACGAGGAAGAUGAGUCAAUGACACAAGCAACAGUGAGGGACAAUCACACAUGUGGCAAUGAUACGUUUGUGGAGUCGAAAGAGGAAGAAUCUUUAAAAGAUGAACCAAUGUCAGCAGCCAUACUACGGGAGGAUUUAGCAGACACUACUGAAGAGAAUAACUGGGAAAUGAUGGUUGAAGAGGACGAGAAGAAUAUUUUAGCAGAUCAGGAGGAAAACAAGGCAACGUGUUUAAAAGCAGACACUGAGACAGAGCAAGGAGGACGCUCAGAGGACACAGGGAUAGAGACAGAAUUAGAAGACAGAAAUUCAGCAGAGAGGGGAAAAGGCCUGGCCGAGGAGCUCAGUGAUGCAGGGGAGAACGGGACUGAGGCUAAAGAAGCCGAGGGGCUGGAGGACAAGGAGAGCGAUGGAGAGGAAAUAUGGAAGGUGGGAGAAUUAGAAAAUGUUCAAGCCAAAAAUACAGAAAAGAAAGAAGCUGAGGAGGAACACAGAGAUGGGGAUAUUGAAAUGGAGAAGGGAGAGGAACAAGAGGAGACAGAGUUAGAGAAAGAACAACACUUUGCAGAGAUGCAAGAGGUCAGUAUCGGAAGGAACGGUGUCCGAGAAGAGGAGGAGAUAGAAGGGGAGGAGGAAAUGCAAACAGAUUUGAACAAUGGAGAUGAUGAUGGCGUGGUGUGGGACGAUCAAGUAAAACCAAGGGAGGAAAACGCAGAGGAGGAGAAUCCAAAUUACGAGGUGGAGAUUGCAUUGGAUGGAGCAGGAGACUCAGAGGUUGUAGAUCCAGACUCAGAGAGCAUGACAGCAGAGGACGGAGAAGAUGAAGUGUCGUGUUUUGAAGAGAUGUUAGACGUCACACAAGUUAAGGAGGAGGGUUUAUCUGCUCAGAUGAACCGUGUGCAGGCCUGUAACAAAGACAGGGAGGAGGGAAGUGCACACAUUCCAGCUGAAAUAUAUUUUUACAAAGAGGAGGAUUUUCAAGGCACUGAGAAUGACACAAAUAACCGAUCAGAAGCUGAGCGUUUGUCCUCGGCCAUGGAGGGAGACUCGUGCAUUUUAACAGAUGAGCCCGAAAGUGACCAAACAGGCCACGACAGCGCAGAGUCCGACUCAGACGACGAGGUGGAGUUGUACAUGCACUGUCUCAGGGCUGUUCACACUGGGGCUCAGGCCAACAAAGACAAAAACAAAGACAAAAACAAAGACACGGGUUUCAGUAUGGGUAAAAGGCCGUCUGUAAACCGGGGCAAACUGCUUUCCACGCCCAUGCCCUCCAUCACUGAGUCUCUGGAUGAAGACCCACACCUCAGCUGCCAUCAGGACAACCACGAAGACACGGAUGCAGCAGAUGUCCAACCUGCAGCCGCAGCUCCGUCACUGCUGGGCGGACAGGAGACAGUGAAUACAAACGUUUCCUGGUGGAAAGAGACUUUUUCCUGCAGCAACCUAUCAAGGACUUUGCUAUGCAUCACAUUGUUGGUGUUUUUUUUUGUCGUGGCUUACCAUUAUGACUUUUUUGCUUGUUUUGGGCUCUACUUGAUAUCAGUGGUUUGGCUCUGCUUUCAAGGAGAGAGAAAACCAUCGAAGAAUAACAACAGAAUAGGUUGAAAUAAAUCGUCCACCAAUCAUCCAUCCAUUGUCUAUGCCGCUAAUCCCACCUGACAUUGGACAAGAGGCACGUUACACCCUGGACAGGUCACCAGCGUAUCACAGGGACGAACCAUUCACUCUCACUUACACAUCUGUGUUCAGUUUAGAAACUCCAAUUUAACUGCACGUGUUUGGACUGUGAGAGGAAACCUGGGUACCUGGAGAGAACCCACACAGACACGGGGAGAACAUGCAAAGUCCAAACAGGAAAUCUCCCACUGAACCAGGAUUGGAACCGGGAACCUUCUAGCUGUGAGGUGACACCCUGAUAUACAAAUAAAAUUAUCUUUCAUAUGGGAUAAUGGACUCCUUUUGUUCUGCAAACCAUCAUGCCUGCUCUUUAGCUGUGUCUCCAUUCAGGGGCCGCAUCCUUCGUAGGCUGCAUUUGAAGACAAAUUGUGUCACAGCGACACAACAAGGCUGUCUCCUCCAAGUGUGGCUGACAAAUAUGUCCUUCCAUCCCUGAGAAACCAUUCUUCCCAGCCCGACCAAUCCCAGAAUUCAUUGCACUUCCAAAACAACAAUUAGACAACAGUGACAAAUAAUGGGUAUUGAUUUAAAGAAUAUAUCAGGGUAAAUGUUAUGUUUUCCCUAUGGGAGGAUGUUGACUCUCUGUUGUCAAGAGUAGGAACCAAUUUUCUUGCUUUACUGUACAUAAAACUUAGUGACGACUCAGCCAACAGGCUGAGGACCAGUGCUCACAGACCACUUCUGCAGAACGUUACUCAAGUGAAACCCAUCCGUUUGCUGUGUAUGUGAACGCUACCCUAUAGUAUCCUAGUAUUUGUAGUAGUUACACCUAGUUUUCAUAAGUCUAUAAUGAAUAAAAUGAACUAUAGAAAAAUCA